ACGUCCUGACUCUUAGUUGCUUUUCUGCCUGUUGUGGUUUCUUUUGGUUGUUGCCAUGCCUGAUCCAGCGAAGUCCGCUCCCGCCCCGAAGAAGGGCUCCAAGAAAGCCGUGACCAAGGCCCAGAAGAAGGACGGCAAGAAGCGCAAGCGCAGCCGCAAGGAGAGCUACUCGGUGUACGUGUACAAGGUGCUGAAGCAGGUGCACCCCGACACGGGCAUCUCGUCCAAGGCCAUGGGCAUCAUGAACUCGUUCGUCAACGACAUCUUCGAGCGCAUCGCGGGCGAGGCGUCGCGCCUGGCGCACUACAACAAGCGCUCGACCAUCACGUCCCGGGAGAUCCAGACGGCCGUGCGCCUGCUGCUGCCCGGGGAGCUGGCCAAGCACGCCGUGUCCGAGGGCACCAAGGCCGUCACCAAGUACACCAGCUCCAAGUGAGCGCGCCGAUCGCACUCUUAACCCAAAGGCUCUUUUCAGAGCCACCCA